AUGGCCGAUCGUUUCCCCUCUUUGGAAGACUUCAAUGAAGGUGCGAUUCCCUCCGCCUCCGCAUCCGUGAUCCAAAACAGACCGGCUAACAGGCUCUCUCCAGGUCAAACCGAGGUCGUCGAAACUGGAGCCGCCGAUGCCGAUGAUUUUCUAGCUCGUGAACGUGCUGCGCUAGGCGAUGACGCCGAUCAAUUCGCAACUCCCAACGACCAGGCCGCAACUGCAGACGAUAAUGAUCUACUGGGAGGUGACGAUAUCGUCGCACAGCAACCUGCUUCGGAAGAGAUCUCUGGAUUUGAAUCCUCGUUCCCAGCAAUUGACACACAGAAUGAAGUAGGAGUCGUCACUUCCCUUGCUGUUGCGCCUGGCGGUACCAUCACUGGCACUGGUUCUCCUUUCCCCUCAACAGGCUAUUCUAGCUAUAAACAACCAGAAGAAGAAGAAGCAGAAGCCGUGAAAGAAUGGCGAGCGCGCAGAGAUGCCGAUCUGUCCCGCCGAGCCGAAUCCGCCGCCGAAAAGAAAGCGGCCACGAUCAAGAAGGCCCAAGAAGAUAUUGAUGACUUUUAUGUCUCGUAUGGCAACCGUUCCGACAAGGCCCGCGCCCAAACUCGCUCCGAAGCAGAGCAGUUCCUCGCCAACAGAGAGGAUACUUCAGCCGGUGGUACCAGCUGGGAACGAAUCGCCAAAUUGGUUGAUGUGUCCGGCAAGGGCGCCAAAGGUGGUGCUAGCGGUUCCGGAAAGGAGCGUUUCCGUGAGAUUCUGCUUGAUUUGCGAAAGGAUGCCAAUGCCCCUGGUGCAUCUGGAGUCUAG